ACGUCCCAGUCACGAACCGUUGACCUUGUGAUUACCAGACAACCCUCUUAACCCAGUGAGCCACGGUCGCACCAAUAAGCCCCAAUAAGCACAAAGGGCUCUCGGAGGUGUGAGCAUACAGUCAUGUAACAUAAUACAAAAAAUGUGGACGUGGGAAAUACAGCAACUGGCAAAGUGUGACUAAGCAGUUUCUCAAGCUGAAAGGUUUCAAGCAGAGAAAGUGUAAAGCAGAAAUGACUUCACACAUUCAGCAAACUGCUGGAGUCUCCUCAAACAUGUAGCGGUAAAGCAUUUUCACCGAUCAGCAGCAUAGCAGUGUACUUAAAUGGCAUCGGAAGUGUAGACACAUACAUUUAUAAAUAUUUGGUGCUUGUUGGUAGUUGGUACACUCCAUUCAUGACAGACACUUUUAUACAGCUGGGCAGCAUGAACAAUGUCAGAUGCCAGUGGGCUUUUUGUUAUACAAUCAACACAUUCCUUGACUAAAUUGAAUAUUAACAAUAGUUGAAAUGGUACCUAAAAAACUAAAUUGACAGAUACAAUAAACACAAGGUGGUAUUCUGUUGUGCAUAAGCAGUCCCUUAAAGCCCAGCAGCGAAUUCAAAAGACUGCUACUUGAACUUUAACAACGAACAUUUCUCAAAUGCAUGUGUGGCUUUAAAUCUAAAUCCUACUAAUCUUAGGUAAUGUAGAACGGGUCUGGUUUGUUCCUACAGGAUUUGAAGCUACAUUUGCAUAAGCAGAGUUUAAAGAAUGACAGAUGGCAUUUUGGAAAAUAUUAGCCAAUAGUAAUGCACAUGAGUAAAAUGUAGUCUUACUCAGCUGGGAAAACAAGAUCAUGUAAUUGUCACUCAACACAAGGAGAUGUCCGCAAGGCAGUGCAUACAAGGAAGUUGAGCCAGUGAGUUUUUUUUUUUUACUAGAAUUAGCUUUACUAUGCCACAUAAAUCCUGCAGCUUUGUAAAUCAAUGAGCGGCUGAUUUUGGGGUAUGCACAUCUGAUCGCAGCCCCAUAAGCAUUAGUGUUAGUGUUAUGGAGACCUGCAAAGUUUAGCUCCCAUGGCAACACCAACGACACAGAUAGGAUGAAACAUGCUUACUUUGAUUGUAUGUUUUAUUUUCAUACAUAAGCUGGCAUGGUCUUGGGUUUAUUGUUUAGUCUCCUGUUGUUGAAGUUCACUCCUCAUGUGUCAUGUUUGAUUUUACUUCCUGUUUUUUUUUUUUUUUUUUUAAGUUUUCCAACAUUUUUGAUUGUCUGCCCUGAUCAGUUCCACCUGUCCCUCAUUAGUCCUGCACUGUCUCGCCUCCUACUCACCUGUCCUCAAUUUCCUCGUUAGUCGGUCACUAUUCAUACACCUUGACACCUGAUUUACUUUGUUCUUUGUUGGUGCGAUGUUUGGUAUUGGAAGAAUUUUUAGUUUGCCUGUAUCUGUUAGCUGUAUCUGCCUGCCCGUUUGACUCAGUGAGCUUUUUGUGUUCUGCGUUUGGCAGUUGAAUUACAAACUCGAAAUACAUCUAUGCAAGCUGGCUUCAGAAAUAAGUACAUCAGUAAAGUUACAGUAUAUCAAAUAUAUUCAUGCUCAAGUAAUGUCAUCAAAUUCAGACCUGAAGUCCUGUCUGUAGUUUGACCACUGCAGCUGUGCCUUUUCACUACCACGUUUGCUCAGUCAAACGUCUAUAUUUAACUCUGAAUGGUCAGGGGAGGUUAUCUUCCACAGCCUUGAAUGGGCACGAUCAUUCAAGAGUGCACCGGUAUCCCAGCACUGACGGAGGCAGCUGAAAUACAUGGGGGGAGGGGGGUAAUAACACUUUGGGAAACUGUUCCUCAAGAGCAUUGCACUACACACACUCUCUGAGGUGACCACGUGCUGACAAGGCAUCAAACUUUAACUUGCUGCACCAUAAGUCAUUUGGGCUGAAAAGUACCUUUUUGUGGCACAUACAGGUUAGAAGCAAAUUUCUAGUUUAUCUUUGUUUCUCCUUAAGAAAACCAGACAGACAAUUCUUCCCACAACAAAGAGCUGAGAGGACACCACCUGUGCUCUGCUCACAAAACAAAGCAGUAUACGGACACCUAAAACACAGCAUGGCAGUGAGACCAAGCACUGUUCAAGACUGAGCGAUUUUACACACAGCCAACACACACGAAGGAGCCCAACAGUGUAGAGAGUGGUCACGGUGUAAAGGGCAGAAGCAGGUCAGCACUUAGUUGAGGCCAAUGGAGUUUCUUUCAAGGAUUGGGUGACAGCUGAUGCUAUAUCUGUGCCAGUUUGCUGUUGCUCUACUGUACAUUUGCAGGAACUUUACUACAACCCCAUUUCUCACCUAGUUAACGUUGGUGCACUUAAAACUGCUGUUGGUUUAGCAGGCUUUCUUAAAGUGACAAUGUAGAAGAGAAUGCAAACAAUGUUGUCUGAACUGGUUUUUUCACAGCUUGUCUUGCAAUUCAUAGUGUUUUUUUACCUUGGGUCUAAAGGAUUUAUACAUUCGCUUUUACUGUAUUUGACUAUUUUUAUAGUCUAAUGCUGAAAUUUUGUUAAAAUAGUCCUAUGCAAAAAUUGAAUAAAUUCCUUCCAACUUGCCCUAAUUAUAGCAAUAGCUUUUUCAUUCAUACUGCCUUAUUGCCUACAUGGUUUGACAAUGUCAAAUAUCCAAUAAAAAAUGAACCAUAACCAUCUACAUGUUAAGUAUAUUCUGAGUUUCUUAACACUGUAGAUGUGAUUUGGGUGUGUUGAAAAAUUACACCGUAUAACAAUCUUCUGUUACAAAGGUGCAUCGGAUUACACACUUUAAAUCAAUCUUCUUCACAGUCAUGCAAUUGUGUAAUUGUGUAAUAGUCCUGGAGAGAUUCCAAGAUUGGAUAUAGACUGUUAUUAAAUGACAUUAGACUCAAUUUGUCAUUGAACCCAGCCCAAACUAAAGUCUGCACAAUGUUACGUAACGGCCUUCUUGGAGAUUACUUCACCUGGCUGAGUAAGUUUAAAAGCCACUUGCAAAUACGGUCCAAAUCAACGUGUUUAUAAACAUAGCCAAGACGCAUUGUUACAACAAAGAAAUAAUCGAAUAAACACAAAUUUCCUUACUUUUUGUGCUGUUUACAUGUUGAUCCUAUUAAAACCUCCCAAAUGUGUGUUAAAUGUGCGUUGCACAUGAUGUCUAAAUGGAAAAAUGUUUUAUGUAAGAUCCAACAUAUUAUGCAAUAUUCACAUAUUGCCAUAACUGCCAGCCUGCCUGCCUGCCAGCUACCGUACAUGUUCAGUAAAUUGCAUAUUGUCAGGCUUUCAGAACAUCCCACUAUUGUUUCCUGGGCACGUAUAACUGCAUCACCAGUUGUGCUUUAUAUAACAUUGUUAUAUGAAUCUGCACUGAGAGGGGACGGUGUGAAGGUGUGUGUUGUGAUUGGGUCAUUUUCAGCCAAUUGAAACUGGAGAUAAUCUGUCGUCAUGGGAAUGUGUCUCCCUCAGUCUCACAACCUCAAUAACCUCUCAUAACCUCAGUCACAUGCUGACAGGAAGAUGAAAAGUGAGCUGGAGAAGGAAGAUGAAAAGUGAGCUGGAGAAGGAAGAUGAAAAGUGAGCUGGAGAAGGAAGAUGAAAAGUGAGCUGGAGAAGUGUGUGUAGACAACCUAAAGGGGAGUGUUUCCGUUUCACCAAUAGCACAGCAGAGGCCGCUCCUUGACUAGGCUUUGCAUAACACUUUGGGGACUUGGCCCGCCAUGUGGUCACAGGAUGAAGUUUGCAUAUUUUUAUAAAUUUAUGAAAACAAUGAAUUAAUCCCCUAGUAAGGUGUGGAUCAGCAGCUUGUCUGUCCUAUUGUCAACUCAACUUAGUAUUUUUUUUACCAGAGCCUGUGGUGUUAGUGGACCUUUGUGUUUCAAUGUUUCAUCAUGGGGAUGGGAAGUAUUAGUCAGCCAUUUAUCUGUCUGAUGAGACAGCGAUGCAUUUAUCUUGUGCACAACUGCUGGUAUCUAUGUUUGAAUGGGGAAUGCUGACAUUUUUAAGAACUCAAUUUUGGUUAUCUCUGUGUCCCUGGGCCGUUCUGUCAGAGUUUGUGAUUGCCAAACUCAAUCAAUCAAUUUUGUUGUAGAUGACAGGCUUGUCAGUUUCACAUAUUCAGAGAAUUUGAGUAGAGGGCGGCUACACCCCUGGUGUGUUCUAACUUGCUGGCUUUGUUCCAGCAGGGAAAACAGGCUACCAACAGAAAAACUAGUCCAACAGGUUGGAAGGUAGUAAAAGCAAUGAUAUAAUGUCUGACAGCAAAAUAGAUUUCCAAGAUUUAGCUCUCCAUUUUCUUUAUACCUUUCGAAAAAAAAAGUUCAACAAGUAGUGCCUGAAGUGUCCUUACCCACAGAAGAACCUAUAUGACAUUUCAGAAUGAUUGACAAUAACUGGUAAUGUCUUGUGAAUAGAAAAUGAGUUUGGCUAUUUUGUCCUCAUAAUUAUAACACACUGUUACUAUGCACUACUUAUUGCCAAAAAUCUAAUUUGAUGAAGGAUUAAGACAAAAGUUUAGACGACAGGCCUGCAGAUUUGAAAGGCUGAUUCAUACUGCCACCUGCUGAGGACAUGAUGUGACACAAUUCAGUCAACUGCAUUUGAUAUAGUAUUUUGUUGUAUCCCCAAUACUAUAUGUGUAUUUCAGGAUAGAAAGUAUUUCCCCCCCGCCCACACAUUUGAGAGUUUUUACAACACAUCAAGACACUAAGAAAAAGCAUUCACAUUUUAUGGCUGUUCAAUUCCACAAGUGCUCAUCCAGACACAAUUGGACAGUAAUAAAGGGCUUUUAUACAUAUGUGUCAUUUGUUUUGUACGUAAAAGACUCGUGUCCUCAAAAAAUAUUCGGUAUCAAAAAUAAAAGUUUUUUAAAAAUCCAAAAUAAAUUAGAAUACUCAAAACAAACACACAAACACAUCAUCAUGGCCACAGCCACACUGGAAACAAAUCUACAUUCUCACAUUUCCGAACAUAGAAUCACUGACAGACUGAUGCUCCGUUCACAGCAUUUUACCAAAAAAAAAGGAUUAAUCUCAUUUAUAAAAGCUAGAUCUUUGUAAACACAAAAAAACACAGGACAUGUUCAACAGAGGAGGGAGGUCAUCAGUGCUCUCUGUCAAAGAGUACAUAUUCCUUUUCUGGAUUUAGCUGUUAGAAAGCAACAAUAUCAUUUCAUAGGUCCAGUCCAACUUGAAGGUGUACAAUGUGUCCUUAAACUUAUGAAUGAGGGUGUGAGGUAACAAUACAAGGUGAGAAAAAUGUAGUACAUAUGAACCUGACAGUCAACUCCCAACCAUACUGUCUUUGAUAAGUGCUGUUCCUUCUCCUUCACAAACAAAAGACAGAUUCACUGUGGGUCAUGAAGUUGGAUCUCUGCUGAUAGUCACUGUACAUGAUCCCAGAGUCCUCGGUGUGUCCCCAACACUGUCAACAGCGUUAAUGCUAUGUAGAGGUGCAGAACUGAAAAUGAAGUAUUGCUCCUCUUUGCUGAUUGCCCCUCUGUCAUCAUAGUCAACUGUUUGAGAAUAUCACUCAACGUUUGUCUCGUCUUUUGUCAAUUUCCUUCCGAAUUCGAGCCUCUAGAGCUGCCCUCAUGGCUGAAUCCAGGAUGUUCUUCUCUGUGACACGAUCCACCACCUUCUCAGGCUUAUCCUCCUGUAGAAACAGAGAGAGAGAGCAUGAGGUAAUUAAGACCAAAGUCAAUAGAUCAAAGAGCCAGAAAUAUCAGUCAAAGGGAUCCGUGUUAACCUUGUGCACCAGGAAGGAGGUAAGGGUACCAGAGUCCGCCUGAUAGUCAAGCCAGAAGAGUUCAGUACCAUGGGUCUCUGUCUCUGUGCUUGACCCACUCUCAUUCGACUCUUCAGCCUCAGCACCGGCCCCUGGCUCUGAUUCAUCUGGAAAAUGAGCACACGCAUGCAUGUUCGUUACUGGAUUUACUGUUGGCAAACGCGUAAUACCAAAGUGCAUCAAACUUACAUCUGCGUCGAGGAUGGUACACUUGGAUAUCAGGCCGCCGGGGUCGUCUCGGGGUUGUGGUGUUCCUCCGCCGCUGAAGCUCUUUGGCUUGCUUCACUUCUUUGGCUUGCUUCACCUCUCUAUCAUAGUCAUCUCUUGAGAAGCCAAGAAAUCAAUGUUAUUGCUUUCAAAGACACGCAGUUUAACAUAUCUCUGAACUUCUAACCUAGUUAGUUAAACAGAAAUAAGGUCAUGUUAUUGUUUUACUGCAGAUAAGGAUUAUAAGUAUCAAUCCUGUCUCCCGAAAACAAACAAAAAACGAUUCAAUAUAUCAAUGAGUCUAAGGGUACAUGCAGGAAGUUGCUUCACUCCAGCUCUAUUCUUUUUCUACCAUCAAAAAAGUAUAGUCAACGUGAAUACAUUUUAUGCCUCAUGAUUUCUUCUAUAUUUUCUUCUUUAGUGAAAUGCAUUUCAGAAACAAACGAAUUUUGGCAUUCCCCAAUUGCAUUUUUCAUUGCCUACAUCUAUGCUGUGUGAAUGGUUAGCAGCAAAGGCAAAGGUUUUAUUCUUUCUUAAGGUCAUGCAUUACAUACCCCUAAAAAUCUUACACUAUCACCAACCAGUAGAGAUAACACAUACAAGGAAUAAAUAUCAGGCAAAGUGUUAAAUACCAGAAUGUGAGGUAAACGAUGCUUUGUACUUUUUAUUUAUUUAUCCAUUAAUCAUGAGGGUCCUGCAACAGUAUGCAGCACUGACUGAACCCGUCUACAAACUGGAAUUUGAUUCCUUUCUUUGCAAUACGCGGUUAACAGCUAACGGUAUAUGAUAUUCCCUCCAGUUUAUAACUUUGGCCAAUGCUACAUUUCUUUAUAUUUUCAUUUGGAGCGUAAGAGGAUAAGUUACCACCACUGGCCUUUCCUUCACCAACAGAUCAACUUCUACACAACAUUGAGUCGAUGCAACUCUGAAGACAGAGGCAGGGUGAUAGAACCUGGCUAGUGUGCUAGCUAACGUGACUAGCUUUGGCUAACGGUCGUUGCGGCAAUCACCUAGCAAUCUGGUUCCUCCGGAUAUGGUGCAGGAAGCCGUGGCUCAUAUCCAAGCGGCCGCUACGUUUGUAUUUCAGCUCAUCCUGAUCAUCGUCUUCUAAAAUAUCCAUUUUAACAAACAGUUCCACUACGGUGACAGUAUGUGUGAGCUUAUGAUUGCAACAAGCAGACCCACAGGCACCACUGACAAAAAGCUAACGUUACAUGCUAGCUAAUUGUAAAUGGUUGUCCAAAUGUAACAAUCCCGGAGUUUACAAAUUAAUAAUAUAUUUUAAAAAAUACACAUUGUUUUAAUAGAGAAAACAUUUAUUGGACAGACCCAGAAAGAACAUUAACACAUUAAAUAUAAAAACACUAGGUUAUGCUUACAUAAAUCAGCAAGUUAUCACAUUCGAGCAGCUCAUUGAUCGAUGUUGCUAGCUUUAAACUCCGGGAUACUUUUUAGUCUCCUGUUUGGUAGUUCGACGUAAAGCCGCUCAACCACCGCGAGUUUCGACGCGCACGGUGCUCGACCCAUUCAACUCUCUUCCAAAUAAACGUGUGCCUUCUUCGCUGUUUUGACAUUACGCUCGCUCGCUCGCUAACUGCUAUGAUGGUUUCUCUGAAGCGAGAGAGAGAGGCUGAAGUGGAGGAGGAGGACGAUGACGACGAUGGCGACGAUGGCAGAGUGGCAGCCAAACUGGGCCGAGGACGUGUAUUAGAAGACCGGAGAAGCCGCCACUGUCCUUACCUUGACACCAUAAACAGGAGUGUGCUGGACUUUGACUUUGAGAAACUGUGCUCCAUCUCUCUCUCCCACAUCAAUGUCUAUGCCUGCCUUAUAUGUGGGAAAUACUUUCAAGGUAGAGGUUUGAAGUCCCAUGCCUACACGCACAGUGUGCAGUUUACCCAUCACGUGUUCCUCAAUCUGCACACUCUCAAGUUUUACUGUCUGCCGGACAACUACGAGAUCAUUGACUCUUCACUAGAAGACAUCACAUAUGUGCUGAAACCAACUUUCACCAAGCAGCACAUUGCAGGGCUGGACAAGCAGGGUAAACUAUACCGAGCCUACGAUGGUACGACCUACCUGCCAGGCAUUGUGGGGCUGAACAACAUCAAAGCCAAUGACUACGCCAACGUGGUCUUGCAGGCUUUUUCCAAUGUUCCACCGUUGCGAAACUACUUCCUGGAGGAGGAAAACUACAAAGAAAUCCGCAGGCCACCGGGGGACAUCAUGUUCCUCUUGGUGCAGAGGUUUGGUGAGCUGAUGCGCAAACUGUGGAAUCCAAGAAACUUCAAAGCUCAUGUGUCUCCACAUGAGAUGCUACAGGCUGUUGUGCUGUGCAGCAAGAAGAACUUCCAAAUUACCAAGCAAGGAGAUGCUGUGGACUUCAUGACGUGGUUCUUGAAUGCUCUACAUGGUGCUCUUGGAGGCACAAAGAAAAAAACAUCAAUCAUCGCAAAAGCAUUUCAAGGCUCCAUGCGGAUCUUCUCGAAGAAACUUCCACAUCCAGAUUUAACACCUGAGGAGAAACAGGCAUUGCUCGUGACAGAGGAGUACCAGGAGCAGAUGUCUGAGUCCACCUUCCUGUUUCUAACCCUUGACCUCCCAACAGCUCCACUGUACAAGGAUGAGAAGGAGCAGCUCAUCAUCCCGCAGGUCCCUCUCUUCAACAUCCUGGGCAAGUUCAAUGGCAACACAGAGAAGGAGUACAAAACCUACAAAGAGAAUUUCCUCAAAAGGUUCCAGCUGACCAAACUGCCUCCGUACCUCGUCUUUUGCAUCAAAAGAUUCACCAAGAACAACUUCUUUGUGGAAAAGAACCCCACAAUUGUCAAUUUCCCCAUCACGAAUGUAGACCUCCGUGAGUACUUGACAGAAGAAGCUCAACUGACAGAGAAAAACACAACUUAUGACCUUGUUGCCAACGUAGUGCAUGAUGGGAAACCUACCGAGGGAGCGUACAGAAUACAUGUUCUGCAUCAUGGAACUGGGAAGUGGUACGAGAUGCAGGAUCUGCAGGUGACUGACAUUCUGCCCCAGAUGAUUACACUGUCGGAGGCCUACAUCCAGAUCUGGAAGAGACAAGAGACAGACGAUGACACAAACAACCACACAGGGGUGUAAGUGAGGCAGCAUUUUCCUCAGUGUGAAUGGCCAGAAGUGUUGUCCUCAUUUUGGAAAUGAACUGGCUAUUUAAGUGAUUAAAGAUAACGGCAGAAUAUAGAGUGAGUGGUAAAAGAGCGUCAAGAUGUAUUCUUUAGCACCACAAAAAGCAAAUAAAUGUAAAUGACUCCCAUGAUUUUUUUCACUGUUUUAUGUUUUUACCAUGUGGAUGUUUCCAAAUAAACAAACUCCAGGACACGUGUGACUUGUCUGUUGACUUUUAAUGAAGGUUGAGGAGUUUGUCAUGUGUAUGUGCUUGAUUGCACCAGGGAUCAUAUUCUAAUAGAAUAAUAGUCUUUCAUACAUACUGAUGGCUCAUCCUAUGUAAUGAAAGGUUUUUGCAAUUUCACAUUCAUAAUGACAUAUUUAGCAAUCUACCGAUUUAAUGCUGCUCACGAAACCGUUAAUCACUGCACAAACUGAUGUUUCAGACUGAAUCCCAGUCUUGUGACACGUCAUACAAACAGAAUCAUUUCAGGAUCAAUAUUUACGCUUAUUGAACAAAAUAGCAUAUGACAUGAAUUUCCCCAAAAAGAAAAAAGAAGAGUUGAUCAGUGCAAUACAUUUGUAAAAAGAAAGUAAUUAUUUUUGUGCUGGCAGAUUGGUUCACUCCUUCCACAUGUACUUCUCACAGAAGGCCUGGUUCUGCAGAUAAAAACAGAAAUAGGAUGUGAAACAGAAAUUGAAUUAUUCACAAAAUCACAUUACUUGAAAGUUUAAAGUAUUAGUCAGCUGGUCAGCGUAGUGUAUGGUGUCUCUUUAGACCCGAGUAGUUUUAUCACCUGAUUACUAUAAAUACAGUAUGACUUAGUUAUUCAUCAUGGAACUACAUUUUGAAAACAAUCAUAUGGUAGACUCAAAAUAAUAGGAAGAACAGUCCUGCAGGUGAGAAAAGCCUGGGGCAGGUUUGAUGGUUGGGAAAUAUCCUUCCCAAUAUGUGGUUGGCCACUGCUACAAAUGGCAAAUACAUUACGCAUGUUGUACACUGCAAUUUUCUUGAAUUUAACUUACGCCACACUUCUGAGCAGUUUGAAUGUCUUUGCACCAGUAGCUCGGCCCCCAAGUACAACGAUUCUUUCCCAGCGGCUCCAACUUCUUCACGGCAACACACAGACCGGCUCUCUGCGGGACGGAAGGGCCAAAAGAAUGUGUGUUCAUGAGUAUUCAAGUGUGAUUAGUGUUGCGUGGACCAGAGCCCAUCAUACAUUUGUAAAUCAUGUUCGUAAAUCAACAAAAGUUUGUGUAUUUUUUAAGCCACCAUAAGAAGCGUGCUGCUGCAAGUCAUAAAUAUUCGUAAAAUUCAUGUCAGUCAGUGAGCUAAUUUCAGCCCCGGUGAAGGUGUGUAGACCUGCUGACCAUGACUGCUCCACCAUUUACUGCAGACUAAUCCUCUGGUGGAUCUGUAGGACUGUGUGAAGACUUGUGGAUAUAAGAGUUUCCUCUUUGUCCCUCCAGUGAGAAACGUCAUGUUAAAAGUGUUUAAUCUUACUUCACAAGGGUGUUGGGCGUCCAUCUGGUUUCCCAAAACCUUCUGCAGUCUGGAGCUGUAGAUUUGGAUGAAGGCCUCACACUGAAAAGAGCACGAGAGUUGCUUACUUUUAUGCUAUGUGACAAAGACAUUAUUGCUUAGUCUACCUCACUGCCUAAAUUACUUGAAUUUAAGGAAUGAACAAGGAAUAGCCAUACAUUCAUUAGUUAUAGUGGUUUUUGGGUGCUGAGGGAUAUUUAGAGUAAGUGGGAACUGAGGGUCAGACCUUGGGGAUAGCAUUUGGGUGAAGGACACACACAGACUGGAGGAAAGAGGAAGUCUGAGGUUCGGUGGAGUUGAGGCCGAGGUGUAGGCGGCUCAGCACAGCUAGCGUGCGGCAAAACUCACAAUCCGAGGGGAGGGACAACUCUGGGGAAUCAGCAGAGCGUUAAAGUUGUUGGUGGAGGGUUGGUUUACACGUCAAACCACUAAGCAAAUGCUGGCCUAAUGUACUAAUUAUAAACAUGGGACUGACCUGGAAGAGGCUGCUCCUCGAACAAACAGACGUGCAAAAGAAUACAUAUUGUGUGAGGUGCUGCAGACGAUAAGAGGAAUUCGAUUAUCUGCGUCCCAUAUUUGUCGACAAAAUCAUCACAUUGGUCCUUAUAGCUGUGUGGUAGGAGAUCACAGACCUCUUCCAUGAUCUUCAUCAAAGCAUCCUGCAGGGAAGAGAAGAUAUUUACAUGAUGUGGUGUACGGUGAGGGAUAUCUGCCCGAUUUAAAACAAAGUGAUAGAAAUAAAAGAGUCACCUCAGUCAUAUUCUUGGGCAACAGGGUCUCCAGUUUGUUGAUGAUAAACAAACACAGGCUGCAAGCUGGGUUGAACUGCCCCUAGAGAGAGAGAGAGAGAAUACUCUGAUAAGAGGGACAUUUGAAUUAUGAAAAUAAUAAGUUUUAAUUUCAACUUUCAUUUUAACAUCAACUUCUGCUUACUCACACUAAGGUGGGUUGUGGUGGCUGAGCCGAGUUUAGAGCCGGACACUGCAUUGGUUGCAUGGUGGGAAGGUUUCAGCAGUUCCUCCUUGUGGGCAGCACAAAGUCCAAACACCAUACAGGUUUCUCCUGGUUUCUACAGAAACACAUUAUCUUGUUUAAAAGGUGAUCAUUGAAGUGUUAAUUCUUUUUCCAUGUGUCUAUGAAGAAGCCUAAAUAGCGGGUAAACUUACCAGGUGACCAGGUGUCUGCUGCAGGACUUUUGGCAAAUACACCUUCACCUGUGAAUCACACUCUGAGGCCUGUUCUCUUGGGAGGCGUUGGCACAGAGCAUACAAGGUUUCAUAGACAGUCUCCUGCAAAGGCAGAGUAGUUAGUGCAUUGUCUAUGUUGUGGCAAGAGUACAGAGUGUCGACUUGGCAAAGUGUAAAGUAACAGUACAACCAAGCAUGUACAAAAUAGCUUGACAAACGUAAACAUUAGUGAUGGCACAUUUCAACGCCCUGGCAUUCGAAGGUCGGCAUUUCUUUCAUUGAAUAUUUUCUUAAAAUGGGCGACUACCUCAAUAUAAACUUUCAUUUUAAGGUUUAACUUUUAAAGACAUUACAGGGAGUACAGGGUGUUUCUGCCAGUUUCCCGAUUAACCAAUUCCCGAAACCCAGCAUGAGUGGCCAGUAAAAGGAAGUGAAAGUAAAGUGAAACUACACUGAGUAAGCCAUCAACAUCCUCACCUUGGUAUCUCUGCUGGAAAUCAUGUUGGCGGACAGCUGGACGACCUGGCUGCACUCUAAACACAUAUCUAAUGUCUAAUAAGGAGAAGCCACAGUGAGAUUAUUUGUCAAAGACGGCACAUUUAAAAAAAGAUUAUUGCAAAGAAAUGUUUGUUUCUGAAGCCCAGUGACUGUAUGUGCCAAUAACAUCACCUUUAAUGAAUAACUAUUUUACACACAGAUGCUUUUGAGUGAGACAUUCACAUUCAGUGUGAACAGUAUGUAUAUUUGUGUUAUUUAUAGAAUAAAUCUAGUGUUGGUAUGGUGGCCUUUGAAACGAAAUGGUGAAAAUAUAGAGAAUAAAAGUCAGGUUUACCAGUGAUUUCUGUUUGAUGAGUGAAAACGGGUCUAUGAUGAGCCUGCAGUCUCCUUUAAAACAGAAAACGUACAAUUGUGUUCAAUACUUUAGCUCCGGUCAGUAUACAGCUAACGUUACACCCUUUUUAAAUGUUAGUUGUCAUAAAUUCCACGAUAACAACCCGAUCUUUGACAUCAUAAUUAAUAACGACAUGUCAGAUGACAGUGAUGCAGACAUUAAAGUCGUUACCAGUAAAUGUCCGUCUUACCGGGCCACAGAGACACCGCGAGGACCACCAGGAUAAAGCCAGAUGCUGACAUGUUGUGAAUGUGCACAAAGCGAUGUGACGCGCAGAUUAUUUUGUCUACUGGUUUAUUAUAACCAUUGGUAAUAACAUCCGUGCUGCUGUUCUUCUUCUCGGCGGUGGGCAAACAGCGUAUUAGGCGCAACCUAUGGGAGCAUCAGCGCCACCUUCUGCUUCAGAGUUUCCUGAUCCACUGGACCGGUUAGUGCAUACUGCCUCCUGCUGCCCGUACAAAGUACGUACUGUUGCAUGCAGCAUGCAAUUGGGACAUACUGCAUUUGACUGCAUUGGGACAUACUAAAUCUUUUUCCGGCAUACUAAAUAGUUUGGCAGUACACAGAUAGUGUGCUGCAGGAAUGAAUCCUAAAACCAUGGAAUAUAUAAAAGAAGAAUGGGUCAUUAAGUCACUGAACUCUAUUCUAAAUGUAUUUGAUUAUAGUAGAGUAUCGUUGUUAUCAUUUACUAACCAAACAUUAUACAGUUGGUGAUAUUUAAUAGCCAGCUACCUCGAUUAUUGUCAGGAAGUGGAGCCAAUCGCAAAAUCUCCAAGUUCUGUCUCUAAAUACCUGAAAACCUGUUCUCAUAGAAGUAAGAAACAACAAUGAUAUUUAUAUGAUCAGUUCAGCAUCAUCUGUGUCCCCAGUCUGUUCUGGCUAAAGGGAUUAAUAAGAGGCCGCAAAGAAAUGUUUAAAAUGGUGGACAGGGUGUAAGCUACAAAGUUGAGUUCUUACCGCAGCUCGGGUUUGAGUCCAGUCUGUGGCCCUCUGCUGCCUGUCCUCCACUCUCUUUCCCCCUUUCCUGACUAUCGCUAUCACUAUUAUGAAGGCAAAUUAAUGUCAAAAUCCGUAAAUAUUGUACUUUAUACUCAGAGGUAAAUAAUGUAGUUUUUAUUCCACUACAUCUCAGAGAUAUUGUACUUUUUGCUAUAUAUAUUUAUGGAAACAUAUAUUAUUGUUUCCAUUAUGUAUAAAUACACAUCCUUCUCUGUGAGCCAGAGGUGAGAGCUUCCUCUGCCUGCACUGUGAAACAGCUCCUCUCAUUCUGCUUCUUUUACUUUUGCCUCCAGUCUUUCCUCAUCCUUCUGGUGCCAUUUCUUCAAGAAUCACUAAUGGUUGCAUCAGUCAUGUUCGAGCUGUAGGUCGAUAUGACUACAAGCUACAGACAAUUCAUUUGCGUCAUUUCAGGUAAUUAUUUUAAUGAUAAUGCAAAAUCUCCAUAACAUACAAAGAAUCAACCUGCACUGGAAAAGCUGUUUAGCACCGAUCCACACAAUUGGCGACGUGCUGUACCAAAUGAGCAAACCAAACAAAGCUGAAGUUAAAGAAUUCCUCAAAUGUUUACUUCUAAUCAAAUUUAUGUACGUAUUUUGCAGCAGAACAUCAUAUGCAAAUUUUUAUUAUGAACCUACAUAAAAAUGGUUUUGGACAUGGAUUAUUUCCAAAGAUAUUGAAAAACAUGAAUUCAUGAGGAAACACUAAUCAACCUGCACUGAUCAGACAAUUUGCUCCAUGCUGUCUCCAAAUGUGCAAACCAAACUACAUUUAAGAGAAUGAAUUCUACAAAUGUUAACUUAUAAUCAGCUUGCAUGUACUGUAUCUUGCAAUAGAACUUCAUAUGCAAAUUAUAAUUAUGUGCAUCUACAUAUUUGUCACGUCUUUGUAGAUACAAGUAUUUACUGCAGAUGAAGGCAGAUAGAACUGAAUAUGAGGAGAGAACUGCAAACUAGAUUACUUUCGUUAUUGUUACAUCUGCAGUGUAACUGAAAGAAAAACACACCUCAGACAAAAGAGGCCAAAAAAAUGACAAAGGUGUGACAAAUGUGCUGACUGACAGAGUCCACAGGUGUACAAACACACACGCAAACACAAUAAUACAAAAUUCCAGCACACACUAGUCAUAGUCAGAAACUAUGUAAUCACAUACCAGCCUACAUGGAUGAAAUACGUCAACAUAAAAUGCCAUACCCAUCUCCAUGUAUUAUCCAUAAAACCAGGUUUAUAAUCAUUUAGCCACAAUAAUAAAGGCUUUUUAACUUUUAUACUUAAAUACUAAAUCAGUAUGCUUCAUGACAGUUUGUAGUAAAGGCCCCCAUAUAAAGCCUAAUCUCCUCCUCUAAAUGUACUUGACUGCAAGCAGGCGCUUUAUCCUGGAGUGCACUGGAAUUGGAAAGUCAGUGUUUGUAUUAACUAUUAUCAUGCCACCAUUUUUCUACCUCUUCCCCAAAAAGAUGGAGUAGAAUAAAUUAUGUAUCACAUUCUGUCAUAUGAUGCCCUCAUUGGACAGUGGUUGUUGAAACAGCCCAGAUGAAUACCAGGCAUUACUGGGGAACUACGAUGGCUUUUCUGGUUUGGCGUCCUUGAUUUCCUCAUGCGUUCUGUGUUUCGCUCCGUGCCUCGCAAUCAAAUAAUCCAUUUACUAAAAAAGACCCAUCAGCUGUCUGACCGGCGACAGACAGUCUUAUCCCUCACUGUUACUGUACUUCCUUGAGAUAGUUAGAGGUUAGACACUAAAGAAUCUAAGUUAUGUUACUUGUUGUUUUAAAUGGGAGUUGUUCUGUCACAGGAGACAUGUUUACUUUGUCCAGCCAGUAUUAUUACCAGUAGUUCCAAGUGGUUGAAAAAUAUGAAGAAAUGACGGGCAGUAAGCCGGGAAGUUGUUUUUGUCUAUUGUGUAUGUCAUUAUUAAAAAAAGGCUUGGCAUUCACUAUUCAAACACAAUGGAACUGCACUCCUCCCACACUGCCCUACGUUAAUCAUCUUUGUAGGUUAAGUUAAUUAAAAUGUUGUCUGCUUAAAGGAAUCUUCCAUUGAGCUGACAUGAUAUUGUGUUGGAACUAAAGUCUAAAAAUAAACCAGGUAUGGCCGUGUCCUGACGCUGGACAGCAUUUGGUUGAGGAGUCUUGGUGCAGAAUAAGGUGUAAAAUGAUCUCAAAUAUUUACAAGGAAUUCAUUUUUAAACUGAAUUCUACAACAAAUAAAAACGAAUGUAAUCCAGCCAGGACCAACACUAUCUGUGUUAAGAGUUUUCCAGACACAUUUCUGCUGCAUUCUGCAAUUGAUGCAGAUUGGUCACUGCAGUUCUAAUAUUUGGAUACAAACACCAGACCCGUAAAGAUUAUUUAAUGCAAAGUCAAAAGGCGCUAUGUUGUACACUGGCCAAUCUAAAUAUACAUAUGAGCCUGUCGGCUCAGUGAUCUUGGGUAUUCAACAGAAAAUAAUAGCUCAUAGGCUUCAGCUGGGACAACUCAUGAGGUCAUUUCUACCACUUAAUGAAACAAAGUGUCCACCUAGACAUCGUGCGAACCCUGUUAAUUAGUACAUUCCAGCAUCAUGAUUCACGGCUUGUUACCAGACUUAAUGCUGUCUGUUCUCUUACUGCCAGUCAUUAAAAACAAAGCUGGUAAAGUAUGUAGCCUAGUCAUAUGAUGUAUGCACAAGCAAAGAGUCUCUCACACAAGUUUGGUAUGUGUACAGAUGGAGUGAAGAUGUCUCUGUUCAGAACAUAUUGUACACCACUCUACACUGCACACUUGUGGUCAAACUACAAAAAAAAGAGCUUACAGAGACUUCAAGUAGCUUACAAUGACGCCAUGAGAAUACUUUUAAAGAGACUGAGAUGGAGUAGUGCUAGUGAAAUGUUUGUGGCUGCACGAGUCAAUACUUUCCAAACUGUGUUAAGAAAUCUCAUGUAUAAAUUCAUUCGUAGACUUAAUGACUCUAAAAAUGAGAUCAUAGUUGUUUUAACCAACAUAAGGUUUAGCACCACACGCUACCAGUCCCAGCUGUGGCGACAUUGGUACAGCUGUCUCCUUGUAGGGCAUUGCUAGGCCUCCGUACUUUUAUUGUUUGUGUCUGUCUUUUUAUGUAUUUGUCUCUAUGGACCCUGAGUCUGAAAUAAAGUCUAUCUAUCUAUCUAUCUACCCUUUUAACGACACCCCUCAAACAUUGCGUGUCAUGGUCUCCCAUUGUUUUACUCUUUAUAUUUCUACUUCCCUAUCAGUGUGGCAAACACCUGUAAAGCACUAAGCACUAACCUGUAUGUACUGUACAUGUCACUCAAAUUAAGCUUAAGUUCAGUCAUUAUCAUUGAACUAUUGUUCUUCAAAUCUUUAUUCAACUUCCUUUUAUAUUUCUUCCGUACAUAUUUUGGCACUCUUCU